GAGCUAAUCAGACAGCUAAAUACCAGCUUGCAUAUUUAUAUAGGAUUACAUACACACACAUUUACAGUGUCUAAAACAGCCAAGAAGAGCUGUCUCAUCUGCAGUGCUUAGACUGGAAACCAAAUCUUGGAUUUUAAUAUUUUGGCGCUACAUUACAUCUUCGGGGACCAAUUUGAAGACAUUUGACAUUAAAACAGGAAUAUAACUCACAUUAUUUGAAAGAUGUUUCCCUGGUCGGUAGUGUUUUCCCUGGAGCCAAAGGUUCCUGGCCAGCGCACUCCAGAGGAGCUGGUGACCAAUACUUUGAUGCUGGAGCUGGGUGCCAUGGUGAAACGGACCGAGCGCAUCCGGCUGGAGAAGGCAGCAGAGACUCGCAAACGCCGCAACUCGUCCUCCGCAGACUACAGCUGGCUUGCCGGCCCUCAGCCGCACGUCCCGUACGAGCUCACGCCGGGAGACGUGCUGGACCUGCAGGACCUCUGCGCCCAGAUCCCACCUCAACAGUGCGGGCCGGUCAUUGUCAGGUUCAGGAAACUAGUGUCGGAGUUUGAGCCGGAGGUGCACGAGGUUCCCAAACUUUUCCGGAGCGUCCUAAAAAACUGCCUGGAUGAGCUUCAGGGAGACGCAGAGCUCGAGAAUAGGGUGAACCGCUGGGAAAAACAGCGCAGCAAGAGCCUCUCCUUCGUCACGUUCCGAUCCAAGUUCCGCACCCUGAACCGUGGGAAGGGAAGCUUUGGCGGUUCCCGCAACAACCUGCAAGAGGAAAACACAUGGUCUGAUGAAGACGAGGAAGUAGCCGAAGAGGUGACAACCGCCAUGCGCACCAGGAAAGGACGGAGCCUCAGCAUGCCAGAGAUCACCCCUCUUGAGCAGGCAGCCCAGAGCUGAAUGAGAAGACGAGAUGAAGAAAGACAGAAGAACGAUUUGAAAAGCUUGAAGGAAACAGCCUUCAAGGAAAAUCGGUGACGGAAAAGGAAGAAAAAAGUAGGAGGCAGAGAACAAGAAAAGAGGACAUCCUGAAAGACUAAAGCUUAUGCUUUCAGAUUAUAAGACAAACACUGUUAACUUGUUAAUCGAACCAAAGAACACUGGUAUAGGCAUAUGUAAGACGCCUAUUGCCUAGUCAUAUUUUAUUUUUUUUUUACCUCGUAAUGUGCUUAAAUAUUUUGAAUAUUUGGAUGUAAAUAUAAAUGUAAAUAUUUGGCAUAAAUGUGUAUAUUUUCACUGUGAGGGUGAAGCUCACAAAACCUGUAAAGAGUAUGUCCAGGUCAUAUUUCUGGAAAAUAAAAAAGGGGGAAUUUAUAAAAUAAGGGAAUCAAAAAAAAAAAUAAAAAAAUAAAUAAAUAAAUAAUAUUUUAUUGCAAAUACACAA